AAGAUGAUGGUGCUCCAUUUGACCUGGGUACCAUGGCGACGUACAUGUGCAACGAUGGUUUCUUCCUAGACGGAGACGAUGAGAGGAGCUGCACUACUAGAGAAGUAGGAACUAGUAUUGUAAUGUGGACAGGCCAAGAACCACAGUGUGUUCCUAUUAUUUGUCGCACUCUACCCGAUAUUCCCAAUGGAUUCAUCACCUACGCUCCCGACACCACACCUGACUAUGAUCUGGGCACUGUGGCCACUUAUGCUUGUAACCCUGGGUUUGUACUGGACCUCUCCCUGGGGGGAUCUGAGAUGAGAACUUGUUUCGAUGACAUUGAGAAUGAUGCAGAGGGAGCGUUUGAUAGACCGGCACCAAGAUGUUUUCGUAAGUCUUUAAAUUUAUAA